AUGAACACUUAUUAUUUAUUAUUAUUACUAUUAUCCAUUAUAUUUUAUAUACAAACUAGUUGGGCACAGACAUGUGCACCUGGAUAUGUAGCAGGUCCAGGUGGUUGUCUGACAGGUUAUUCAUCUAAUCUUAAAACUUAUAAAUGUAGGAAUGCAGAUUUUACUUAUGAUUAUUCUGUUAUAACAGCUAGUACUGCUCCUGCUACAUGUCCUGGAGGAUAUACAGUUGAAUAUGAAAUAUCAAUAACAAAUUCUAGAAUAGUUAGUAUUGCGCAUUGUCAGGUGAAUGAGCAAUCUGUAGCUAGAAGUUUUAUGGUGAUUGGUAAUGGAGAGGGUACUCCCUCCUGUCCAGUCGGUGAACAGAUGUUGGCUGAUGGUCCUCUAGACUAUGUCAAUUAUCCUCAGUACAGAUAUCUCAUCAUUGAGACUUGUACCAAUGGAUUCGGAAAACAUAUAACCACCAUGGGAAUCUUGCCAACCGAAUCAAUGUGUGGUGCCGAUCUCUACCAAAGAUCAGUGUAUGAUAUGGGUCUGUUGUAUUCGUGUCCAGCAAUUUGUCAGAAUGGUGGUACUUGUAACAAUGGUAUAUGUACUUGCACUCUCCAAUGGACCGGUACAGACUGCACUACAGAUGUCAACGAAUGUCUUACACUCAAUGGUGGGUGCAACCAAACUUGUACCAACACUCAAGGUGGUCGUACUUGUUCAUGUGGUGCUGGAUACACAACUAGUGAUGGUGGAGUAACAUGUGAUGAUGUCAAUGAAUGUCUCACUGCAAAUGGUGGAUGUUCACAAACUUGUACCAAUAUUCCGGGGGGUCGUACUUGUUCAUGUCUCGCUGGAUACUCGACUAGUGAUAAUGGAUUGACUUGUAAUGAUGUCAAUGAAUGUCUCAAUGCAAAUGGAGGGUGUCCACAAGAGUGUGAGAAUACACCAGGUAGCCAUACAUGCCAUUGCUUCCCAGGAUAUACAUCACCUGAUAAUGGAUUGACUUGUAAUGAUGUCGAUGAAUGUUUAGUUAAUAAUGGUGGAUGUGAAUAUACUUGUAACAAUACUGCCGGUGACUAUGAAUGUUCUUGUCCACCUGGAACAGUCCUAUCACCAGAUGGGUUACAUUGUCAAUUGCCACCACCAUUCAUUCAAUCAACCACCCCUGUAUUUAUCAAUGGUGGAGUACUGACAAUCAACGGAACCUAUCUCGGGUCAACAUAUUCAACCAUAUCUAUCAACCUUGGUCGCUACCAUUGCACCAACAUUCAAAUCAUCACUGAACACACUCAACUCACUUGCAAGUUGCCAUCCAACUUGAUACCAUCAACCGAAUUCUUCCAAGUACAAGUCAACCAAUCAGUGUCCAACGAUUACUAUAUCACAAUUGAAGAUUUGACAGAACCAGAGUGUCCAGAAAAUUGUAAUGGUGGAAAUGGUGAAUGCACCAAACUCGGAUGCCAAUGCAAGGUUCCAUGGACUGGUCCAUCAUGCAAAGAAGAGGUGAUUGACACCAAUCCCAAUCCAACCAACCCUACCCAACCAGAGAUUACGACAGACUACAAGAUAUCGAUUAUUGCCAUUCAAGAGUUGGAUAUUGAAGACACUGUCACUGAAAAUCAUAACCUCACAGCUAUUGGAUGGAGUAUGACAUUGAAUGACACACUCAACGGUCACUGGACAUACAAUGUUUCAUUGGGUAGCAAUCAUUCAACUUUAACAGCCACCUAUGAUUAUAUCAAAGAACAAGGUGGACGUAAUUACACAUUCUCUGGACAACAAUUCACACUCAACCAAUAUUCACUCAAGUUGUCCAUGUCUGUUCAUAAUUGGCCAUUCAAAUCGAAAAUGAAUAGUGUUAGAGUAUUGAUUAAAGUAGAGUCACAAAACACAGAUCCAUGUGCAUCAUCAUCACCACCACCAACAACCCAACCAACACCAUCAUCAAUAUCAACAUUGGUACACAAUGCAUUGAGUGGAAUGUCAUCAAGAUUCCUUUCCAUUGCACAAGUCGACGAUAGAAAUAUCAUUGGUCGUGUCAAUCAAGUUUCAAUCGAUGAUUAUAGUGUUGUCAUUGGUACAUCAUUACCAUAUUUUAAUCAUUAUGGUGCUAUUGAUCCUGAUUUUUCAAUAUUUUUAAGAGUUGAUGAUGGAACAACAUCAAACAAUGAUAAAUGUGGAGAUAGUAAAAACGAUAAUUGGAAAAUCAUAGUUGGUGUUGUGAUUGGAGGUGUUGGUGCUGCUGCCAUUGUGACUGGAUCAGUUAUGUUGAUCAAAAAAAAGAGAAAUACAAGUAUUCAAAAAAAGGAAAUGAAUCGUAAAUUACAAAAAUUAAAUAGUUAA